AUUUAGCGUUGUGCUAUCCGUGUAGACUCCGCCCCUUGCGGCUCCGCCCAACCGGUGCCUCGCUGAAGGAGCCUAAUUAACGGGUUCGCACAGAUAACGGGACAGCGGACAAUGUGCCGGGCUUCAUACAUAUAUGCAACCAGAAAGGAAAGCGGCAUUCCACGGACACAAACGCCGCAGAUACGGAGAGGAGUAGAGGUGAUUUGUGGAAAAGAGACGUGCUAUGAACGGAUAACAUUUGGGGCAACACAGGUCAUUUUUCAUUGAAGCCUCAGCUGCGCGUCUACUCCACAGCUGACAUUCCGCCCUUCGCUUCCCAUCUUCAGCUCUUCAGAGAGAUUUGAUCUCUAAAUGAAACAGAGUUAGCGGGCACUUGUGCUCGUCGUGAAGAGGGCGUGAAGCCGCAAAGCCGAUGUGAGCAAAGCGUUUAAGCUUCGUCCAGCGCCCAAGCCAAAAAACUGACAGCCUUCAUUCUUCGAAACAGCGGAGAACUCAAAACGGUGACAGCGUGGCGGAGACCCUUCUCUCUGUGUUUUGCCAAAGUUUUUUGUUAGGUGUACUUUUAUUCGUCUCUUCCGACCCUUUACAAUUAUGGAUCUGGAGAGCAAGCAGUGAUUUGGGAAGUGUAAAACCGCAAGAAAAGAAGAAUCAGAAAGUGAAAUGCGACCCGGGACGAGCUGAGUAGUUGUCUCCGAUGUCCUGCACGCGAUUCCUUUGAAGCUGAACAUCUGGCACCUGUGAGCUUUUCACUCCUCCACCGUAUCCCUCCCUGCUGCUCCGGACAUUGUGCUCGAUGACAGGCGUCACCUGGAUAGGCGGAGAGGGUGACAGCUGCGGGAGCGCAUCGGACUCCAGCCGCAACAUCUCCGCCACCUGCGAUGAGAGCGGCUCCUUGGGCUGGGAGCGCCGAGCCGGCGCAGGCGGCGUCAGGAGGCAUCACCACAAGCACAACCUCAAGCACCGCUACGAGGUCCUCGAGACGCUGGGCAAGGGAACCUACGGAAAGGUCAAGAAGGCCGUGGAAAGGAGCACCGGAAAAACGGUUGCCAUAAAAUCCAUACGCAAGGACCGCAUCACUGAUGACUUGGACAGAGUGCACAUUCAAAGAGAGAUUGAAAUCAUGUCAUCCCUCAGGCACCCUAACAUCAUUUGUAUUUAUGAAGUGUUUGAAAGUAAAGAUAAGAUCAUUAUUGUAAUGGAGUAUGCAAGCCGUGGAGAGCUCUAUGACUAUGUAAGCAGUCAAAUCCGAAUUCCAGAGGCAGAAGCCCGCAAAUUCUUCCGGCAGAUUACAUCGGCUUUGCACUACUGUCAUAAGAACAACAUUGUUCACAGGGAUCUGAAACUGGAGAAUAUUCUGCUUGAUGAAGACUACAGUGUUAAGUUGGCAGACUUUGGACUUUCAACUCAUUUCAAAAAGAGUCAAAUGUUACAGACGUACUGUGGGAGCCCCUUGUAUGCCUCACCUGAGAUUGUCAAUGGACUUCCCUACCACGGACCUGAAGUAGACUGCUGGGCCCUUGGUGUUCUGCUGUAUUCACUGGUUUAUGGAAACAUGCCCUUUGACAGCAGGAACUACAAACACUUAACUGAACAGAUCAGCGCUGGCAAAUACAGAAAGCCACAACAACCUUCAGAUGCUUAUGGACUGAUCAACUGGAUGUUGACUGUGAAUGUGGAGCAACGAGCCACAAUAGAAGAUAUUUCACAGCACUGGUGGGUAAACUGGGGCUAUGACAAGUCAAUUUGCGACUGUGUUUCUAGUCAAAACUGUCCCUCACCUCUGCUUGCAAGAUACAUUGACUGGCAGAAUACGACAACGGCUAAAGAUGUUCCAGAUGAUCAACAUUAUAUUGAGUUCUCACUGCACUCGAGAAGCAGUGGAGAAGCAACAUCAUGCUUGAAGAAGUCAAAAAAGGAGAAUGACAUAACACAGCCCCAGCAGGAGACCUUUACCCGAAGUUUAAAUAUAAAACCUAAAGGGAUCCUAAAAACCAAGAGCAGUUUUGAUGCCUCCUUUGUAACGUCUUCUCUUCAGCCUUGUCUUUCUCAGCUUUGUGCCAAAGAGCAUCUUCCUCAUGAUCCAGUGCACAUGUCUAACUCCAGAGCUCUGUCCUCUGAGCCUUCUGCAAAAAUGCCAAAGAAAGGGAUUCUCAAAAAACUUUACCAGCGAGAAUCCGGGUAUUCUUCUUCACCUGAACGGGGAGACUCCCUGGACAACUCAGGAAAAUGUGAAUCAAAACAAGAUGGAGAGAAAUGUCACACUGCAAAUGAUGUUGUCCUUCGGAGGAAAGGGAUUCUGAAACGUAACGACAAGUUUUCAUGUAGCCUUGACCUCCCGGAUGACCGUUCCACGCUGAAGCUCUCUGAAUCUCUUAAGCAACUGAUUCUGUCUGGUGGGUACAGUGGGAACCAGCAACAGACGAGGGCAAAGAGCAGGCCACCCAGUGUCAUUAGUGAUGACAGUUUGCUUUCAGGAGAUUCUUUUGAUAUUUUGGAUUUAGCAACUGCAGAAACAAAGAGGCUGCUUUUUAUGGAAAGGAGAAAACACACUGUUUAUAGUUCAGAGGAGGAUCCAGAGGACAGUGAAAUGAAAGGAGAGAAAAAUAAAGACUUUAUAAUGAAAGAAACUGACAAGCAAAACAUAAGAGCAGGAGGAGGUAAACAUUAUGUGCAGAAUUAUAGCAGUGCCUCCUGACCCAGCAGCAGAUGCUUUAACUGAAGAAACAUUGCAGGACUGAAUUAUCUACUUUCCACCCAAUUUGUUAAAGGACUUUAAGCUAAUACACAAAAAAUGAAUUGUCUUAUUUUAUCAAGGACAGAAAAUUAAAUUCUGAGAGUGUGGUUUAGGUACAAAAAGGUUUUAAUAAGGCAAUAAUAAAUGAAUGUACCUCUUUUUUUUUUUGGUUAUUCCAUUAGAGAUGAGUGGAAAUCUGUGGGUCAGACUGCUCUCUUGAGGCCUUCUAUACAAACGGUGAUUCAAAAGUCACACUGGGCUGAAGCCAGCACAGCAUUUCCAGUCUAGAAAAAUCAAUUAAUUGAUAUCAGCACUUAUCUGAAUUUGCUGGCCCAUCUGACAUGCAAGACGUCUGAAACAAUAGCAUGAAGCAUCACCUAUAAUUGAUCCUAAGACUCUUAUUUAAUAACACCUUUAUUGUAAUGAUAUUUCUGCAUUCUCAAAUAUUUAAUAAAGAAAUUUGCUGAACAUAAUCAGAAUAAAUAGCGAGAGACAGACAGAGGGGGAAACAGACAAGGGAAUUAUGGCAUCAUGACCCGGGUUGUGCAGGAAUGUUAAAUCAGGACAAUGCUGUUUUCUAUGCAGAAUAAAUACUGCAAACAUGUACCAAACAAUAUUUAAGAACAUCACGUAUUCACUUUAACUCCUGACGAGGGUUACAAUGACAGUAUGAUGAGCUGAGCUGAGCUGACCUGACUGAUUAAUUCGUGGCAACUUCUUCUGAUACCUUAUGAGGAAUUCCCAGGCCAGCUGACAGAUAGAAUCUGUACAACCUGUUCAGUGUCUGCUCAUUCCCCCAGUGGGCUGUGACUUGAACACUUCAAGUAUUCUAACUACAUGUCCUGACCACCUCAAUGUGUUUUUCCUGACCUGAGGAAGCAGUAAUUCUACUUUGAGGGUGCCUUUGCACUGCCAAGCUCCUUCCUAUAAUGGGGAGUGAGUUUAUGAAUGAUUUUGUUUCAGUUGCUAUAAGGAUACAAUUUAAAAAUAGAAGUGGUGUGCAAAGAUUUGUGACCAAAGCUGUCUGUCUUUGCUAUAAGGACAACUAAAAGACGGUACAGAUGAAUUCUCUCUAGUUUAGUUUGAGACAACAAAAGCCAUCUCUCAACUUUGACUUUUUAAUAAAGACAUGAGGUGUGUGUCUCGAUUACUGAGACAAUCGCCUACCUUCUGUCGGCUUCUUCAUUAGCUGAGUUGAGGUGGUAACAGGAUGACUGCCUUCCCUGUCUGUAGUGAGAAUUCUUAAGAACUUACAAACCAGUUUGAAGAGAGAAAGAGAUCAAACUUAUUUUCCUGUUUUUGCUCUGGCUUUGGGUUUCCUUCACAGGGCCAUGCCCAACAUAUACCCAAUAGAAAGGAACUCAAAGGCAUCCUCAGUAGAGGUAGAGAACCCCAUAACUGUCUUGUUUCAAUCACAUAAGUGGUGGCUCUACUGAAAGGUCUUUAUGAAUUGUCCAGCUCCUUCACCUUUCAUGGAGAGUACCUGAAUUGAUGUUAGAAAGUGGACUUGAUCCAAGUCCACUGUGCUUGGUUGCCUUCUGUGCUGUAAUACACUGCGGUCCUUUUAAUGUGUUGGCAUAGAAUUAUUUUUUGACUAAAUUAUGUACACAUUUUGAUGUAUAGACUUAAAGUCAUCUUGCAUGAGAAAUUUACUGUUAAAUAAUUUUUCAAAGUUAAAAUAUUGAAUAACCAGUUAAAAUAUAAACAGGGAAUUAGUUUAUGAAGUUAUUACGCUAUUUUUGUGGUGUAACUGUGGUGCCAAACAUAGCCAAACAGGAGAGAAUUAGCUCUCCAAGAGACGGGUCUGUUUUACUGUAAAUGGGUACCCGCUUUGUUCUACAUUACAUGCCAUAAUAUAACAUCCUCAAAUCCUCAUCUGGUGCAUGGCGGGAACUAAUUUUGAAUGAGGAAUCGGUCACAUGCAUGACCCCCUCACUCACACUCCUGGUAUUUAGCAUAUUAUUAAGUGUAUUUAGUCUGUUAACUACAAGAGCAAAACAAUAACUAGCCUACUGGUUUAUUAAAGUGAGAUAGUAAUAGCUGUAUAUGCAACAUGUAUUUACUGUAUAUACUGUUUUUCUUUUGCCUGUGCUUUUCCGGGUUUCAGAUUCACCUCAUACAGUAUGUACCACGCUCGGUUUUGCGACAUGCUAUGUAAUCUUCAUUUUGCUGAAUUAAACUGACAAAUGACUGCGUCUACCAAUUAAAACGUUUACCUGCC